GCAAAUUUUACGAGCCAAACAUAUGCCAAAUGUGACAAGUAAAUUCUGUAAUAAAAGUAUUUUGCAAGGCUCAUAUAUUAACAAAUUUAUAUCAUUUUAAUUAAUUUUUCAAAGAAUUAACCUUUUUCGUAAUAAAAGAUAAGCUUUAGGUAUAUUAAAAUUGAAAUUAUAAUAUUACUCAUAUAUAUUUGUAAUUUUUCAUAAUUGGCGAGAUUUCGCUUCAAGUGAAGAAAAAGGCUAUGUCAGAAAAAACGAAAUAAUUCCAAUUCAGUUUUGAGUUUGUUGUGUGAUUAUGUAAUUUAUCUUACUUUGUUUCAGUGAAAGGAAAGUCAUUCAUUAUGGAAGAAAAGAAAUUCACUUUAUUUGGCACUGAUCUUCAAAAAAUUCCUUGCUUUAAGAAGACAUUUACCAUUAGUACAUAUUCUGGCAUUGCCGCUGGUUUAGGUUGCUUUCUAAUUACAAGUAGAAUAAAAAAGUCAGCAGAUGUAGCUGUUUUAACAUUUGCAGUGACGACUGUAGGAUACUGGUUUUAUUGCAGAUACAACUGGUCGAAACAAUAUCAACUAACUCAACAAAUGAAUAGUUCUCUUCACAAUGUUAUGUUAAAUGAAGGUGCAAAAAAGGAAAGCAGUGAUGUAUAAUUAACUGGUAGCAUUUAUGUCAUUCUAUAUAAAUUAUGAAAGAAAAAAUAAAGUUUUUAGUUGUUGAAUAAA